GGCUGGAGGGGGCCGGCGGUGGCCGGGCCAUGGCGGGCGGGCGGCGGGCGCGGUCCGGCCUGAGCCGCGGCUCCGGCCCCCGGACACCCCCCGGCUUCGCCCGCGGCCGGCGGGGGCUGCACGGACGCGGCUCUGGCAGAUGGGAGUUUGUAUCUGCACUCCUGCGGCUCAUUCCUCUUCUGGAUGCUCGCUUUGAGCCGGGGACGGAGCCCCGUACAGCUGUGAAGCCUCUCUGGCCAUCUGUUAACCCUUGGGAACAGCUCUCACCGAGUGCCAGUCGCAGCUUGGCGAAGGGGUACCAGGAGAUGCUUCAGUGGUGAGACAUCUUUUACAAUGCAAGUUAGGCAUGAAAUUCAUCAACUAACGUCCCCUUCCUCACCCUGAUCUCCAACAGACUUCCCGUAACGCUUGGAAGAAAGGGUCAGGGGAGAAGGGCCAAAAGGCACCAUGAAGCUGAAGCAGCGAGUUGUGCUGUUGGCCAUCCUCCUCGUCAUCUUCAUUUUCACCAAGGUUUUCCUCAUCGACAACCUGGACACGUCGGCUGCCAACCGGGAGGACCAGCGCGCGUUCCAGCGGAUGCUGUCGGGGCUGCGCGUGGCGCUGGACCCGCGCCUGGAGCACACGCUGCAGUCGCCCUGGGAGAUCGCGGCGCAGUGGGUGGUGCCCCGCGAGGUGUACCCCGAGGACACCCCCGAGCUGGGAGCUGUCAUGCACGCCAUGACCACCAAGAAGAUCAUCAAAGCUGAUGUGGGGUACAAAGGGACGCAGCUGAAAGCUUUGCUGAUACUUGAAGGAGGACAGAAGGUUGUCUUCAAGCCCAAGAGAUAUGCCAGGGAUUACAUAGUGGAAGGAGAACCCUACGCUGGCUAUGACAGACACAACGCAGAAGUGGCAGCCUUUCACUUGGAUAGAAUCCUGGGUUUCCGCCGGGCGCCGCUGGUGGUUGGCAGGUUUGUGAAUCUGCGCACGGAGAUCAAACCAGUGGCCACGGAGCAGCUCCUGGGCACCUUCAUGACUGUGGGCAAUAACACCUGCUUCUAUGGGAAGUGCUACUACUGUCGGGAGACAGAGCCAGCCUGUGCAGAUGGGGACAUCAUGGAGGGCUCAGUGACGCUGUGGCUGCCGGACGUUUGGCCCCUGCAGAAGCACCGGCACCCCUGGGGCAGGACUUACCGGGAGGGCAAACUGGCCAGGUGGGAGUACGACGAGAGCUACUGCGACGCCGUCAAGAAAACGUCCCCGUACGACUCGGGCCCGCGCCUGCUGGACAUCAUCGACACGGCCAUCUUCGACUACCUGAUCGGCAACGCCGACCGGCACCACUACGAGAGCUUCCAGGAUGACGAGGGAGCCAGCAUGCUCAUCCUGCUGGACAAUGCCAAAAGCUUUGGAAACCCUGCCCUUGAUGAAAGAAGCAUCUUGGCUCCUCUCUAUCAGUGCUGCAUCAUCCGGGUUUCUACCUGGAACAGGCUGAAUUACCUGAAGAACGGAGUCCUGAAGUCUGCCUUAAAAACUGCCAUGUCGCAUGACCCCAUCUCGCCUGUGCUCUCCACCCCUCACCUGGACGCCCUGGACCAGCGGCUCCUCAGCAUCCUGGCUACAGUGAAGCAGUGCACAGACCAGUUUGGGCCAGAUGUUGUGCUGGUGGAAGACAGGAUGACUCUGUCUCACUUGUAAUCGUAGCGGAACGCGAGAUGAAACUCCUUUUUUUAAAAACAAACAAACAAGUGAUAGAAAAACAGCACAAUCAGUUCAGAAGGGCUGUGGCCAAGAUGGACUGACAUGAACAGGAAAGCUCCCGAGCCAGAGGAAGGGAGGUGACACUGGCUUUUUCCUCGGGCUGGCAGCAGUGAGAGGUGGGAAGGAGGCCUGGCAUGGCUCAGCCCCCGUGGUGGCACCAUGGCCACUGUGGCGUGUCCAUUGCCGGCAGCGGGCGUCGCGCUGGAUAAACACGGCUCUGGUGCUGGUGCAGAGUGUGGAACACGGAACUCCUUUGUGGACUGGAUCUGGAGGGGGCCCUCAGAGAUGAACAGUACAGUCCCUUCCCCUUCUCUUCCCCCUUUCCUCUGGCGAGUUUGUGCAUUCAGGGUUGUACACAAUCAGCUCUGAGCUGGUUGGGCAUUUUACUGCUUCUCUAGAGAACGAGCAGGGGUGAAUAAAAUAACUGUUGGCCUGAAGAGGUGUGCCACCCCCCCGGGGUGGGAUGUUCUUCUGAUUGUCUGAGGGGUGGGAGAGGGGACCUCUGCUGCUCACUUGGCUUUUCCUUGAUAAAAGGCUGGGAAAGGUGGCUGCCUCCUAUGUGAUAAUGCUUCAGUGUUUUUGCUGAAGUCCUAUCAAAGGUUUAUCCACAGGGUUGGAGAUUUAGGAGAGGACAGGGUGGUUAUACAGCACUUGAUAUUUAAGGGGUUAUAGUAAGUUUCCAUGUGUCUUGUCCCUCUUUUUUUUAAAUUAAUCUGGCAAGGUCUGAGCAGGUCUUGCAGUUCUGUGUCCAUUAUAACCAAAUGUUCAUUCUCUUGUAGCUGAGGAGGACAGAAUCUGUCCUUGGAAACACUUCUGUGUAGUGAGGUCAGGCUACUUUACUGUGAGCCCUGAGUGCUGUGGAGCCUCUGGGCAUGUGGGACUGGGGGAAGAGGUGUUUGCUGGACUUCCCCAGUCAGCAGCAGACACCUGAGGUGUGCAGACAUCCCUGAGCUGUGGUCUGUCUUCAUCUCACCUGAGUGAGCUUUCUGCUGCUGCCUGUGACCACAGCUCAGCACUGCUGUUCUGGGGACACCAGUGUUGGGUCCCACGUUCACCUGGUUUGGCUGUGGCUGAGCUCAGAAGCUGUGAUCACCUCCAGGAGGUUUUCUGCCUUCCCCAGUUGCUUCUUGCAACCCCCACUGCAAUGUUCUGCCUGGGAUGGUCAUCCAGGAGUCCUCACUAUUGGUUUUGCCAUAGAGAAAAGUUGGCUUUUCAUGGCAGGCUUGCAGCACUCAUCUUGUGCUAGUCCUGUUGUCCUUCAGCACUGCAGCCUGUGCUGAGUUUGUGUCAUAAAACUGAUCACCUUGAGGCAGGUCUCAGUUUGUGUCUCCAGAAGAGAAGCAGCUUCAUCACUAUUUCCAAAUUGAACAGCUUUGCAUCAGUGUUCAGCCAGCAUGGUCCUUAAUGUAAGGAAGGUGCUCCCUACAGCAAGUGACUGCAGGUUACUGAACUUGAGAGCAAGAGCACCAAAAUGUCAGUUUGAACCCUUUUCCUUGAUUUUCCUGUCAGGAUUUCUCUGACUGCAGUGUGGCAGGCAGGUAAAGAGCUGUUUUCUGGUCUUGCACCGUGGCCACACCUGAUCCAGGAGGUGUCAGGGAGAGAGUUUUAUCUGAAAAAUGCAGACAUUGGUUUAUUUUGUUGAAGUCUUUUUCUCAUUGCAUGAGAAGAGCAUCUUGAAAGUAGAAUGUGACUGUUUACCUGGCAUUGAAUUCUGCGUUGUUCUUGCUCUCUUCUGGACUUGGCCACAAUCAUAGAUGCCACAGAGCAAUGAGAUGAUGGGAUGGGAUCUGGAGUUAUUUACUGGAGUUCUUAGUCAGGGUGGUGACACACAGCCAGCUGUGAGGACACUGUGGAGCUCGUGCCUCUAUCACCUGAUAACAGAACAUGCUUUAGAAGCUGUGGGUGGUGUCUGUGGGGCAGGAGCAAGUGCUGGUUUAAGCUGUUUCCCAGGAAAUUUCAGAUGAUUUACCCAGAGGGGAGAUAGUGAAGCACAUGAUUGGUGGCUUGUAGCAUUUCUUAAAGCUUAUUCUUCUCUUUGAGCUUAAACAUGAGCUCUUAAUAUUUUGGGAGGGAUCUACCAACAUUUAAUUUUUGAUUUCUAUAUGAUAACUCUUGAUAUUUACAUUUGAUUUAAUAAUGGGCUCAAAAAAAGGUCUUUCAGUCUUUGAAGUUAAAUUAGUGUUGAGGACUUACAUCUUGCUGUAAGCUAAAGCUUUUGCUGUCAGAUGGAACCUGGGGAUGGGUUUUUCCCCAGUAUAAAUGUCAAAGAUUUAAAGCAGGGUAUUGGUUUAUUUUGGUUUACUUGUGGACAAAGGGCAUGAAGUCCAGCAUUAUCAGUAGAAGGAAGCAAGAAAUGGUUGGUUUUUAGGACUGUUUUUUUAUUUGUGAUAUUGAUGCUUCUCAUUGCUGUAAACACUAUUGGAGGUUGGUGUUCUGCAGCAGGAAAGAAAAAUAAAUUCCUCUCUUAAACCAAAAUCAGGAAGAUCUGGUUUUGGCCUUGUGACAAUUUCUGCCCUUUUGGCAGUGAUGGUCGUUUUGCUUGAACACAGAACCCUGAGAGAUUUUAAAUUGUAACCAUUGCAAAGGAAAGGAGCAGCAGCAUCCACGUGCCAACUGGGUCUGCUUGAAUCUCUGAACAAUAACAUUGUUUGUGAGGCAGGUGCUCUGGGGAGGUUUUCCAGGCACCUUCUGAUUCUUGUUCACCGUGCACGUGUCACCCACUGGCCCCAGAUGUUACACACUGGUUGUGUCGUGCUUAUCAAUGAUAGCAGAGCACUGGAAGCACAGAAAUCAAGAACUAAUUAAAGAGCCUCAUCAGCCAUCUGCUAUUUACCUCCUCCCUCCCAAGUCAGCCAUCAGGGGGGAGGAGACACUCGAGUCAGCUCUCCUUCAGCAGCUGAUGAACUGGUGUGUGUCUUGCCAAACAAACUUCAACUCAAAAGUACUAAUUUAUUAAGAAGGUAAUUUAUUUACUGCAGCAGCUGGAGCAGGAAGCUGGAAACAGACUCCCCUCUCGGAUGUGCCAGAGGAGGCCCCUGGGAGCUGCUGCACAAAUGGAGUUGCUAAUAAGCAAACAGAAUGCAAUCAUGACUUUCUACUUCUAUCCCCCGGGGUCAGAUCCCACAUAAAGCAACAUUGUGUGAAUAAAGAUUUUAAUAAAGCAA